AUGAGCUCCGUGGAAUGGCCGAUACUCCGAGGAGAAGACCCCUCGUCCGAAGCCGGUCCAUCGAGGAUUCAAGAACUUGCCAGUCAGCUAGUUGAAGCUGAUUUCAAGGCUAUUCUCUCAAGCUCAGAAGCCAAAUCGAUACUAUCCGAACAGACAUCUCUGGAAGGCUUGAACAUCUCCUCAUCUUCGACAUCUCAGAAAGAAGAUUCUCUCCUCAUUCGCUUGAUUGUAUCCAUCGCUUUACUUCAUUCGUUCGUACAGGCCAACUGGACUGGACCCAAUCUCACUUUCACCCCUCUCGAUAUCCUUCCUUCAACUACCUCCACCAACGAAGAUCUCAAUGCUGCCGCUCUACCAUUAUUGACACUACAGGGUGAACCGUCUUAUCAUCUAUCUUCUCAACCUGUCUUAUUCUUACUUGCCAGACGACUACUAUUCUCUCUACCAUCAACAACCUUACCGACUCUACCUUUGUGGUUCCUCCGACUGCACCUCGUCCAUCUUUCUUUACUGGACGAACCUGUCCCCUUACCUGAAUCAGAACUCUUAGCAGUCCAAUCACUCUUGGAAGAUCCAGCGGUAUUAUCAGACCAAGAUUUAAAAGCUACUAUUGAAUUGGAGAUUGGGUUGUACCACCAUGCAUUGGGUCAAGACAAACAGGCAAAUCAAUCUUUCUUAUCUGCUGCGAAAGCCAGUGGACUAGAAUUCGAACUGAGCGGUGCGUUGGGAAAGAGAACGAAAUAUCAAGUGAAUGCUUUAAGUCAACUUGUCUUACUCGCCGAAUCUAGGAAAAGAGAGGGUGAUGAAGAGGUCACUUCAAAUGGGGAAACUACGAUAAAAGGGGAUGAGAAAAAAGAUACAAGUUUACCUGAAAGUAUAGCAUUGAACGAUGAUACUUUAUUAGAAGAAACUGAAUUCACCAGAAUCACCUCUUCCUCUUCUUCCUCUGGAACUACAUCGAAAUUAUCACAUCUUGAUCCAUCAAACCAACCUGCCCUACAUCCAUUGGAUCAAGCAUUAUUACUUUCCCUCUGUUUAUCCCAACAUAACAAUUCACCUUCAUCCGGAUUGACCGCCAAUCAAAUGAUGCCUUUCCUCGCUCGAGUAAUCUCCCAUCCUAGGAAUUGGUCUAUACAUACCACCGGUUUACUCCUCAGAUCAAGAUUGGAAGCUAGUCGAUCGAGAACCGUCGAGAGAUCUACAUUACAAUUACUAGCUUUGAUCGAACAGAUGCCUACUUCCGAUUCGUCGACUAAAGAACGAUUGAGGUAUUUCCAUCAAUUGCCAUUACCAUCCAAAUGGGAGAUGGAGAGAGAAUUAGCCAAGAGGUAUUUGACCAUCGGUGUAGUGAGAAGUGCUUUGGAGAUAUUCGAUAAAUUGGAGAUGUUUGAGGAUUCCGUCUCGUGUCUUCAGAGAUUAGAUAAAGAGGAAGAAGCUAUUAAAUUAGUUGAAGAUCUGUUAAAAGGCAAAAAGACAGAAUCGGACGUGGUGACUUCAUUGAAAAAAGAGAACUUAUCGGAAAAGAGGAAAAACAAUUUAACAAAAGAGAGAAAAGCCAAAUUAUAUUGCUUGUUGGGUGAUCUGGCUCUAAGUUCAGAAGAAUCAAUCAAAGAUCCUACAAAGGCUAAACAAGUUGCUAUUGAUUAUUACGAAAAGGCAUGGCAAGUUUCUGAAAAUACUUCAUCGAGAUCUAUGAGAUCCCUAGGAACGAUUUACGUUGGGUCAAACGAUUAUGAAAAAUCCAUUGAAUGUUUCAAGAAUUCAUUACAGAUUAAUCCACUUUAUGCAAGAGCGUGGUUCACUUUAGGUGUAUGUUAUGUGAAACUUGAACGAUGGACCGAAGCGAAAGAUGCGUUUAGAAGACAGGUGGGAGUUGAGGAGGACGAUGCGGAGGGUUGGAAUAAUUUGGCGGCUGUUUAUUUGAGAUUGGGCGAGGAAGGGUUAAAAGAUGGUGAGAACCCCCCACCCGUCUCAUACGAGAACAAACACCUAGCCUGGCGAGCCCUCCGCCAAGGACUCCGUUUCGCCUAUGCCAACUGGCGAAUGUGGCAGAACUACAUGAUUGUCUCUAUCGACGUUGGUGAACUAUCCGAAGCUGCCAGAGCGAUGACACGUGUAGUCGAAGAAUUAUCAAACAAAGAUCCGGUGUUGGCUGUAGAUCCAGAUGUAUUAGACAAACUUGUCGAUUCAGUUACAAGAGAUGAUUAUUCAUUAUUGAAAGAAGGUAAUGUUGUACCUAAAACUUCAAACGAGGGGUUCGGUCUAUUACCUAUUGUAGAAAGGUUAUUCGACCAUACGAUCUUACCUAGAAUAUCGGAUUCACCAAGGAUAUGGAAGACUCACGCAAGGUUAGAAAGAUGGAAAGAAAAUUGGCAGAACGCUUUGGAGGAUUAUCUCAAGGCAUAUAGAUGUUCGAUCGUAUCUGAUGAGAGUGUAGAAAGGGAUUUGGAAAAAUGGAAAGAAGCUGUGAACGAAAUUGAAAUUCUAGUAGCUACGAUGUCACAAUUGGGUCCAAAGGCGAAGACUCAACAGGAAGAAGCAGGAGAAACGAAAAAGAAGGGCGAUUGGAAAUUCCAAGCUAGAGGGAUUGUAAGGACUUUUAUGGGUAGGACGAGAGAUGCGUUCGAAGAUCAACCUGAUUGGCAGAGAUUACAGGACUUACUUGAUGAUUUGAAAAGAUCAGAUUAG